UUGAACAGCGAGUGUGGGUAAUUCGCUUCGACAGGGAGGAAGAAGGAAGCAUUCGAUGAGUGUGGUGAAAGCAGCCAGGUUACUGGAGGCUGCUGUGCAACAGGGUGUCAAGACAGGGUGUGCGUGCCGGGUUCGCAUACUGGCUGAAAGGGUAACAUGGGCGAGACCAGUAUUUGCAAUGUGAAGGCGACCGUGAUGACCUAUGACGACGGGUGCAAGCGCUGGGUGACCGUGGGCUCUGACACGGCCGUCCUCAGCCGCGUCCAGAUCUACCACAACCCAGACGUAAACACCUUCAGGGUGGUGGGCCGCAAGAUGCAGGCCGACCAGGAGGUGGUGAUCAAUUGCGCAAUUACCAAGGAUAUGAAGUACAAUCUGGCCUCUGCAAAUUUCUUCCAACUGCGGGAUUCCCGGCAGUUGUGGGGACUUAACUUUGGCAGUGAGGAAGAGGGCCCACUCUUUUCCAACUCCAUCAAAUAUGCUCUUCAGACUCUGGAGAAUGGUAACAACACAGGUCCAGUUCAGGGCGGUCAGGGGGCGAGGCCAGUCGCCAGCCCUCCCUCUGCUCCUGCAGCUCCUCCCACCCCACCAGCGCCUCCUGCUCCUCCUCCCAAAGAAGUCGCUCCUUCCUCGGCCGGAGCUCCACCACCACCUCCGGGUCCACCUCCACCCCCAGGACCUCCUCCUGCACCUCCUGCACCUCCCCCACUCGGUGCAGCCCCGUCUGGGCCUAGUCCCAGUGAAGGAGGAGGAGGAGGAGGAGGAGGAGGAGGAGGAGGAGGGUUUGGCGGAGAUGAUCUGGCAGCGGCUCUAGCAGGGGCCAGACUGCGUAAAGCGCCCAAGAAAGAAGAAGACGCCUCCUCCCCAUCGAAAGAGGCCCCAGCUUCUGGAGGAGGAGGUGGAGGAGGUGGAGGAGGUGGAGGACUCAUGGGAGAGAUGAGUGCCAUACUUGCCAGACGGAGGAAGGUUUCCGAUGUUCCUGCAGUUAAAAAGGAUGAAACAAGAAAUGAGGGCUCAGACUCCCAGCCAUCUAAACCAUCAAAACCAAUUGAUAACUUUGUUAAGCCCCAGGGAAAGGCUACCACCUUGCCUCGGCCUAAACCUUCGCCCGUGAUGCAGAGGGAACCCAGCAUUAGCACAACCAGCCCUGCCUCCCCGUUCUCCCAAGCUAGAAUGAAGAACAUGACCCAAACAAACCCAGAGAGUCCAACACCCGAAGGGACUAAUAUGAAACAAUUCAAAGAGGACAUCCUCCUGGAGGUGAAGAAAGAGCUUCAUAAAGUGAAGGAGGAGAUUAUCACAGCAUUGAUUGAACACUUACAAGGAUCAGAAGUCUGAAGAGUUGCAAGAGAUGAAAGCAAUGAAUUCAAUGUUUGCCACAGGGUGUAUUUUGUCCAUUAUUCAGUACAUGCUUGCGUUGUACGUUGACAAUAAAAAGGAUCUGAGAAAUGUUUGAGAACUUCCUUCAUACUUCCUGCAAAGAAUAUUGUAUAUGGAGUUCAAAUAAUUGCUGAUAAUAUCAGUAAAAACAUUCGAUAUUUUUUUGUUGCUGUGAAUGUGUCUGUGUGCGUGUUUCGUGUGUAUGUUUGGUUGUCUUUGUUUUGGUGUGUUAGGUUUAUUAGAUCAUAAGAAUUCCCAGAUGUUGAGAAAAUGUCUUUAAUAAAAAAACAGCAUCAUCAUUGUUGAGAAACAACUUGGGUUGGAUUUUAUGUAGGCCUACUUCAUGACCAAUGUUAUGUUUCAUUACCUUAGCAUA